AUGAACUUGCCAAGGUUCCUUUGGCCGUCGUCGGACACAAGCCAGGCGGACAUUUGGGAAUUGGUUCUUUCAGAUGUGGAGACACUUGUUAACGUGUCCAUCUUGAAUUAUGAGCUCAAGGAGAGGGAGGCCGACUUCGUGUCUGUACGUCGCUACCUCACACGCUAUAGCCGAGAAGCGACCGUGACAGAAAUGGGAGAUACGCUAUCUGUGGCCCUGGCGAAGACCGAGGACAUAAUGACGCAUCUCACAAUCUCCACAAACAAGUAUGAACUGCUGCCUAUCACCAUCGUGGGGGCUACCCUGCACUGUGCCAUUCUCAGGGAACGGGUGAUGCAUGGCCGAAGUCUUUAUGGUGCGGCAGAUCCUGCUUGGACAUAUGCUUUGCAGGCGAGCGUCGCGUAUUACCAAAGUUUCUUCAACUAUACCUUCUCUCUGUGGAAGGACUGGAGGGCCGAGAAGAUUCAGGGACAGACAUACGAGGGCCGACGGCGUCGACGAGAGUGGAGCGAUUGCUCUUCCGUCGUUACGGACCAGCUAAGCACCACUGGCAAUAACAUGAACGUCGCGAACGCAAUGAGCAGCGACAAAAACUGGUGUGAUGACAUCCGUGACAUGACCAAGCAGCGCAUCCUGAAUGAAGCCUCAGCCGCAAUGGCGCAGGCGAUGCUGCCUGUCAUGUACUUACAACGAUACGUGCCUGGCAUGGAGGACAGUGAAGUUCAAGUCCUGCCAGCAGUGGCGCGUGUAACAGUUGGCCCCUACACUGCCGUCACUCAGGACCGAGGAGAUGGUAAUGCUCGGAUCAAUGAAUGGAAGUGGUCCCUUGAUGAGACCGGCAAACUUGGCCCGGGCAACAUUACUGCAGCAAGCGCGUGGACUGGGAACAACAUUGACUACUUCCGUUUGACUUAUGAAGAUGGGGGGCAAGAGACAGGUGGAAAGUCCCACACCGACGACCAGAAUGCAUAUGAUUCGGCUUGGCCAGACAGGUACAUCCACACCAUUGAGCUGCACUAUACUUACCUUACUGCAGUCCCCAGUUGGGAUGUUCCAAAUGGAGACGCGACAAUUGUGAACAUGAAACUGUUCUUUUCUGAUGGUUAUGAUACAGGGACCUGGUACGGCUGCUUCAACGGGCGCGACUUACCAUCUUCCGAUUGCGAUAUGUGGUGCUGCCCCAUCCUACCUUCCGAAAACACGACGAGGAUCACGGUCACACGUGACUCCACAUACAAGCUUGUCGGCGCUGAGUUGGGGAGUGUUGAAAACGGAUACUUUGGGUACAUACAGGCGACGUUCGAAUAUGCGAAGUCAGCUAUGUGGACUAAUGUGAACAAUAACAAAACAUUCUCCAGCAACAACUUGACGACGGGACAACGGUUGCAAGCCAACCAGGCACUCUGGAGCGACAGCAGGCUCAGCAAACUGCUUCUGUCAAAAGAUGGCAACUUAGCCAUUUACAACAUGUAUGAUUCCAAAACAUGGGAGACGAAGACCCGCUGCGAUGAGGAUGCCGCGUUUCUAGAUAUGCAGCCGGAUGGAAAUUUGGUGCUGUAUUGUCACGACACCAACACGGCAAUUUGGGCUUCAGACACCGACGAUGGUGAGGACCUGUGCCGCGUGGCUGUCAUCGAAAACACAGGCGCUUUGACCAUCUACAGUGUGCCUGAUCUUGCGGGAGUGUGGAGCAGCAGCUCCCCAAUUCCUGUCGGCUUUGGGGGCAGCAACUUGACGAGUCCACACAGUCUCCAGCCUGGACAGCGGUUGGUCCAGAGUGCUUUCUACCAGUUCGACUUCGCAUUUUCCAAUGGCACGAUCAGGGUGAAGGAUUGGUCCCAGGAGCAGGAGCUCUGGUCGCCCGGUGCUUCUUGCGAUGCUUCCCAAACUCCGCAGCUCAAGAUGCAGGCCGAUGGAAACCUCGUCCUCUAUUGCUCUGGGGCGGCGGCAUGGGAUUCGGGGACUGCAGAUCCGUCCCUGGAGGAAGAGGCUGGCGAAAAUAUCUUGCUGUUGCAGGAAAAUGGUAACCUGGCGAUUGUCAACAAGCGGGGUGAAGUGACAUGGUCUUCCAAUAGCAAGGUGGCUUACGACUACUUCUCAGACGACCUUGGCAUCUAUGACACGACUUGA